AGAGAGAGAGAGAGAGAGAGAGAGAGAGAGAGAGAGUAGUAAAGCUCAUGAAGCUGCUGCAGUUACCUGCGGUCACAGUUACACUGAAAUACGUGUGCACGCGCAUUUCAGUGUAACCGUGCGCGUGUGCGUGUGAUCUCCCACCUUUCAGCGCUUUGCAUCUUUUACCUGCAGUGGACUUCAUGCACAGUCAAAGCGUGCAUGCGCACCACCGCCGCAUGCGCACAUGCACGCACAUGCACGCACGCAGCGGCAGCAGCAGUACCGAGGGAGCGAUCAAUUUACUAAGAGCCCGAGAGGAUCCGAACCGGGGGAGAGACGCGUCGCAAGGGGCCGAAGAACCGGAGGAACCACGGCACCGAUAAUGAAGCUCGGCCGUCAUGUCUAAAGCGACGGUGAAGAAGCUGCACUGGCGCUCCAAGGUGCAGGAGAGCUUCGUCCCCCUGGGCGGCGGCUCAGGAGAGCUGGGUCUGGCCAUCGGGGGCGGGGCCGACUACGGCGAGUUCCCCUUUGUCACGGCAGCACCUGGGGGCGGGGCCACAGUGGGGGACAUCAUCCUAGAGAUCGGGGGGACGCCUGUAUUAGGGAUGACCCUCGGUGAUGUCAGAGGAGUCCUCAACUCCUGUCCUCAUCCAAUCAGAAUCAAGACCGUGUCACCAGGUUCUUCGCUCUGUAAAGACCUCAGGUUGUAUCUCAGCAAGUGUUUCACUCCAGGAUCCAUGGACAGUCAACUACAGCAGCUGAUCAGAGAGAACCUGUACCUGAGAGCUGUACCCUGUACGACCAGGCCGCCUCGGGACGGGGAGAUCUCGGGGGUGGACUACAACUUUGUGUCCAUCGAGGAGUUUUUCUCUCUGGAGGAGUCUGGAGCUCUGCUGGAGAGCGGGAAAUUCAAAGGGAACUACUACGGGACGCCUCGCCCCGUCCACAUCGGCCCGGAGAGUCCACCAAUCACGUACCAGGAGCAUCGGAACCUGCUGCGGAACUUCAGGACGAGGAGCAAGUCUCUGAGUAACCUGGAGAAAGCUGUGGAGGAGGGAGACAACAGCGAGGAGGACAGCGGACUGUCCGCAGGUUCAGCAGUAGCCCCGCCCACCACCCUACCUCUUAGCCAAUCAUGGGAGUCAGCGGCGGGGAGUCGGGAAGGGAUGAUGAACGGAGGAGGAGGAAGAGGAUUGGGGAGAGGAAGAGGAGGAGGAGGAGGAGGAGGAGGUCCCCUGCCUGAGAACUGGGAGCUGGCCUUCAGUGAUUCAGGAGAGCCGUACUACAUCAAUCAUAAGUCAAAGACGACCAGCUGGCUGGAUCCUCGACAUCACAACAAAGAGACGACUUCCUUUACAGAGCUCCCAGAGUUCACGGAGCAGCCCAGUCAGUUGAGGGGUUACUCCAUCCACACUCGUCUCUCUAAAGGUCCUCGAGGUUUCGGCUUCAACAUCGUGGGAGGAAGUCGACCCCGAGAGUUUCUGCAGGUUUACAGUGUCACACCUGGUGGUCCGCCCGCCCUCACCACAGGCGACAUCCUGGUCUACAUCAACGACAGCUGCGUGCUGGGCCGCUCUCAUAAAGAGGUGGUGGAGAUGCUGAAGUCGGUGCCGAUGGGUCAGAGCGUGGACGUGGUGCUGAGGAGAGGAUACCCGAUGCUCUACAACCCUGACGGGUGUCCCAAGCAGAGCCUGGAGACGCAGCCGCAGACCCUCAGCGAGCCCUCCAACCCCCCCACCCUGAGCAGAGGCCCAACACAUCUCACCUACAGCUGCACGCUGGAUUCUAACGGCAGCACGCCAGUAAUGGGUAAAACCCCGCCCUCCUAUCCUGCUCAGCCAAUGACAAAUGGGCUGACAGGCCCGCCCACUCCCAUUGCCUCUGAUCCACCACUGGGUCCACCGCCUCCAGACAGGACAGCAGCCAAUCACAGUGACUCUGAUGGCGGCGUGUCCAACGCUGGAACUCGAAGGUCUUCCCUGAUUCGCUACAACAGCAGCACCCUCCCCACCCUCUCCUCCUCCUCCCUCCUCCACCAUCAGAGCUCCAAGUCGUCAGAGAGUGACCUGUCCACGUCCACACUCCCCAUCUCCUCCUCCACCCUCCCCACCAUGUCCUCAUCCUCCAACACUCUGUCCAAACUUCCCCUCUCUCAGCCUGACACCGGCCUCCACCAGAACUCCACCAGCCCCACCAGCGCUAACAACCCCCCCUCCUCCUGCACACCCCCGGGGGCUCCAGUGCAGCGUUCGCCAAUGCCCCAGACCUCCAUCGCCCUCACGCCACCCAGAGACAUCCCACCCUGUGGCUUUAACGGGUGUCCGGCCAGUCACCAGGCGCCGCCCCCACCCUCCAGAGGAACCUCAGGGCUGGCGCUCCCUCUUGGGGCAGCGUCGGCUUCCGGUGGGGAGCUUGUGCCGGUGGCCCUGGGACGCACUGAAGGUGGGGGGCUGGGGUUCAGUGUGACAGCAGGGGGCCAAGGGGGUCAGCUGGCAGUAGUAAGACGUGUCUGGGACCGACGGCAGUGUCCCUCUCUGCAGACAGGAGAUGCUAUCGUGAAGAUCAACGGAGCGGACGUACAGAGCUUCAGCUUCUCACAGGUGCAGAGAAUCCUGCAGGAACACACCAAGCAGGGGGAGGUGGUGCUGCUGGUCUACAGAGGAGGUCCCGCCUCCUCUCCAGUCGUCACCCCAAACCUCUACAAGCCCCUCCCCUCCCCUCAUGGCCUCACCACCACCCCUUCAGCUGAAUUGCCUUCCCCGUCCACGGGUGCCUUGGUGGGGGGCGUCCCCCCACUCAGCCAGGCUGGCUUGGUCCUCGAGAGUCCCCAGGAGGGCCCCCUACCAGCCCCAGGGACCCACCAAGGUGCCCCUCCUUCCCAGACGCCAAACGGACCCCAAGCCUCGGCCCUCAUCCAGAGCACCAGUUUCCUCGACUCGGUUCCUGUGACACUGACCUUGGAGCCACGUGAUUUGCUGGGAGUUCAGGAGAGCGCCGGCGGGCCUCCUCCAAACAGAGGGGGAGGAGCAUUGGGAGCAAUCGCCAAGGACGGGAGGGCGGGAGUAAAGACGAUGGAGGUGGAGCUGAGGAGGGGCCCGAGCGAAGGCUUCGGAUUUGUCAUUGCCUCUCAGGAAGUGACCAACGGGGCCCCCAACCUGAUGUCUCACCGAUUCGUGACGGUGCGUCGUGGCAGCCCGGCGGCACGCAGCGGUCAGAUUCAGCCUGGAGAUCAGCUGGACGCGGUGGAGACUCGACCGGUCGCUGGUCUGCAACAUCGAGACCUCGCACAGAUCCUGAGGAGAGCGGGAAACACGCUGAGACUGAGCAUCACGCCACGACACCAGUCGUCCCCUCUGUCAGAGGGAGCGAACUUGGACAUUGACGGACGACUCAUAAAAGGAUCCAGAGGGAGGUCAAAGGAUGAGUCUCAGUUCUACAGCGUGGAUCUGGAACGAGGUCCAACAGGAUUUGGUUUCUCUCUGAGGGGGGGCAGUGAGUACAACAUGGGACUGUAUGUACUGGGACUGAUGGAGGGGGGGCCGGCCCAGCGCAGCAACAAGAUACAGGUGUCUGAUCAGCUGGUGGAGAUAAACGGAGACAGCACGUCAGGUAUGACUCACAGUCAGGCCGUGGAACAGAUCAGACGAGGAGGACAUCGAAUCCAUCUCAUCCUCAAGAAAGGAAACGGAUACGUUCCUGAUUACGUGGAGCUGUCCAGUCUCUCUCUCUGUAUGACGAACUCUAAACAGGGUGAACCCUGCUUCUACGUGAUUGGACGCACUGAAAACUCGCGGCCCUGAUGAAGGAGCCCUCUCCCCCUCCUCCUCCUCCUCACCCCCAGAGGAGCAGGAUGUAGAUACGAUAACCAUGACAACCGCCUCCCUCAGCCAGCAGAGGGGAGGAGCAGGUGUUACAGGAGGAGGAGACGGAGGA